AUGGCAACAACAACAACACUCUUUUUUCCUUCUCUUCCACUACUAGCAAUCAUAAUACUAUUCUCAUUCCUUCCUCCUCAUCUAGAAGGUUCAACCUCUACUAGUACUACUACUACUACUACUACUACUCAAGAACCUUUCAACGAAUCUUCAAGACUUCUCGAUCUCCUCCUAAGAGACUACACUCUCAACUCCUUCAAGAACCAACAUUCCUCAAUCAAGACCGGCGUUCUCCGGCGAAUUCAUCUCCCUUAUAACUUCUCCGGCAUUAAUGUUGACGCCGUUAGGUUCCGGUGUGGGAGUCUCCGGCGAUAUGGAGCUCAAGUAGGAGAGUUCCAUAUCGGCGUGGGAGCAAAUCUUGAGCCGUGUGGUGAACGUCUUGUGGUUGUGAGACAAAUCUUGGGAUCAAACUGGUCGGAUAUAUAUUACAGGAACUACGAUCUCUCCGGUUAUAAACUAAUCUCUCCGGUUUUAGGGCUCUUGUCUUAUAACGCAUUGAACGACAACGUUUUGGGGAACAGUGUGAGCAGCUCUUAUCAGAUAAGUCUCUUCCUAGACGGUACUAAAGAUCCGUCCACUGUUGAUUUUGGAAACGUUACAGGACCGUCGAUGGUAGAGAGAACGUUCUUGAAUAAGCCAGUGUGCGUGACUUUCGGACUCGACGGGAAAGUAACAUUUGCCGGAGAAGUGAAGCCGUUUGUCUGCGCCGUUAAAACGAACGGACAUUUUGGUUUGGUGAUGACGGAUGAUCCAAAAUCGGAGGGUGGAGGAGAAAAGAAGAUGAAGAAGGAGAAAAUCGGACGGUGGCGAUCGGUUGUUGGAGGGCUUGUUGGGUCUGUGACGGUUGGGGUUCUGCUUUUAGGGCUUGUGGUGGUGGCGGCAGUGGUGACGGCGAAGAAGAGGAGGAGAAGGGCAAAAAGGGAAGAAAUGGAGAGAAAAGCUUAUGAAGAAGAAGCUCUUAGAGUAGUGACGAUGGUGGGGCAUUCUAGGGUUUUCGUUUCUUCCGCUACAAGGACUUUGCCGGGUUUCAUGGAACAUGAGUGUGUUCCUAAUUAA